UCCUUAAAUUUCUCGCAAUUUCUCUUUAUUUUUCUCUUCGGUAAUUCUACGAAUCUCAAAUCGGCGAAGCCUUUUCCAUUUGCUAGCAUUGAGAACUAGAAUUUUCGCUUUUGAUCACCGAGAAAUGGGGGGUUAAAAAACUACGCAAAAUUCUGGAGAAAUGGAGGCUUUUGUUUUCUUAUACGGGAUAAAACUUUCCCGGCAAAAAAAGUGUAAUUUUAUCAGAGAUUUGGUGGCAGAGAACGAAGCUGGGAUGUGCAUAAUCGCAACUUAAGCUGUUUAAUUGAAAAUCAAGAAAACAGAAAGCUAAAAGCUUUUCAAUCAAUAAAUCUUUGGUUGUCUAUGAAAAAAAUUAAGAGGAAAAAAAAAAAAAAAAAAAAAAAAGGAAGAACUUGGAGCUUGUUAUUGGUCGAGAUGUGAGAUUGUAAUUUGGAAUGAGCAAGGAGGUCUAGUUUCAGCGAUGAGCAUCAUAAAGAUUUCAUUUUUCUAUGGAAAUUAACUACACUUAUAAAAAUUCUGUUUUGAGUUUUACGCGGAUAGAAGACGCAUAGCGAAUAAGUUCAUGUUCAACUUUGAGUUUCAGAAGUGCUCAGAUUGAAUUUCCUUUCUCUUUAUUUUCCUGCUUUCCUUUUUCUCGGUUCAGUUAUGAAGUUACUACAAAUUAGUAGCUACUUACAAUUAGUUUCCGCUUUGCUUCUGUGUAGGUUGACAAACAAGAUCACAUAACGUUUUGUGUGCUUCCUCAUGGUACGAGAGAAAGAUGUUUGUUGGGAAUAUGCUGAAAAAUUAGAUGGAAAUAAAGUGAGAUGUAAAUUUUGCCUGAGAGUUUUGAAUGGUGGUAUUAGUAGGUUGAAGCAUCAUCUAUCUCGGCUUCCAAGUAAAGGUGUAAAUCCAUGUAGUAAAGUAAGAGAUGAUGUUACCGAUAGGGUGAGGGCUAUUAUAGCAUCAAAAGACGAUGUCAAAGAAACUCCUAGCGCUAAAAAGCCAAAAUUGGUGGAAGUCAAAUCACCUCCAAAUGUUUCUGCAAGUAAACCUCUUAUUUCUGUAGAUUCAGCAUCCCCAGUGGUUAAAGCUUUCUCAACUGUUAGUCCAGUGGCUCCCCCUCACUCCUUUAACAAUCAAGAAAAUGCUGAGAGAAGUAUUGCUCUGUUUUUCUUUGAGAAUAAGCUGGAUUUUAGUAUCGCUCGUUCUUCAUCCUAUCAGCUAAUGAUCGAUGCCAUUACAAAAUGCGGGCCUGGAUUUACUGGUCCAUCUGCUGAAACUCUUAAAACUACAUGGCUCGAAAGGAUCAAGUCUGAAAUGAGCCUGCAAUCAAAAGAUAUUGAAAAGGAGUGGGCAACAACAGGUUGUACUAUCAUUGCUGAUCUAUGGACUGACCAUAAGUCAAGAGCUUUGAUGAACUUUUUAGUUUCAUCGCCCUCCAGGACCUUCUUCUACAAAUCUGUUGAUGCAUCUGCAUAUUUUAAGAAUACCAAAUGCCUUGCGGAUUUAUUUGAUUCUGUUAUUCAAGACUUUGGGCCAGAGAAUGUGGUGCAGAUUAUCAUGGAUAGUAGUAUCAACUAUAGUGGUGUUGCAAACCAUAUCCUUCAAAAUUAUUCAACCAUUUUUGUGUCUCCCUGUGCUUCUCAAUGCUUGAAUUUAAUUCUAGAGGAAUUCUCAAAGGUAGAUUGGGUCAAUAGAUGUAUUUUACAAGCACAAACCAUAUCGAAGUUCAUAUACAAUAUUGCCUCUAUGCUUGAUCUGAUGAAAAAGUUCACCGGGGGACAGGAACUCAUUAGGACUGGUAUCUCUAAAUCUGUAUCCAGUUUCCUUUCUUUGCAAUCCAUGUUGAAGCAAAGGGCAAGAUUGAAGCAUAUGUUCAACAGCCCGGAGUUCUGUACAAAUUCUUCCUAUGCGAAUAAACCGCAGAGCAUAUCAUGUAGUGCCAUUGUUGAGGAUAAUGAUUUCUGGAGGGCAGUAGAAGAGAGUGUGGCAAUCUCUGAGCCCUUUUUGAAAGUGUUGAGGGAAGUAUCCGGAGGGAAGCCUGCGGUGGGUUCUAUAUAUGAGCUAAUGACUAGGGCCAAGGAGUCUAUAAGGACGUAUUAUAUAAUGGAUGAGAAUAAGUGCAAGACAUUUUUAGACAUAGUUGAUAGGAAGUGGCGGGACCAACUUCAUUCACCUCUACAUGCAGCAGCAGCAUUUUUGAAUCCCAGUAUCCAGUAUAAUCCUGAAAUAAAAUUUCUUACAUCUAUAAAGGAAGAUUUUUUCAAAGUUUUGGAGAAGCUACUUCCUGUUCCUGAAAUGAGACGUGAUAUUACCAGUCAGAUAUUUACAUUUACAAAGGCGACUGGGAUGUUUGGCUGUAGCCUAGCUAUGGAGGCAAGGGAUGUGGUUUCACCAGGGCUUUGGUGGGAACAAUAUGGCGACUCUGCACCUGUAUUGCAACGAGUUGCAAUCAGAAUACUAAGUCAAGUUUGCAGCAGUUUCACCUUUGAGAAGCAUUGGAGUUCAUUUCAGCAGAUCCACUCUGAGAAACGCAACAAGAUUGAUAAAGAAACAUUGAACGACCUUAUAUAUAUCAAUUACAAUCUCAAACUUGCAAGACAGACAAGAAUGAAGCCUUUAGAAGCGGAUCCUAUUCAAUUUGAUGACAUUGAUAUGACUUCAGAGUGGGUAGAGGAGAGUGAUAAUCCAAGUCCAACUCAGUGGCUUGAUCGGUUUGGUUCUGCUUUGGAUGGGAGUGACUUGAAUACAAGACAGUUUAAUGCUGCCAUAUUUGGUUCAAAUGACCACAUUUUUGGUUUGUGACAACCUAAAUGCUCCAUUUGUUGUAUUUAAGUAUCCUUUUUGAUCUCUUUCUUUUCUUUUUUUUAUUUUUUAUUUUUUUUACCUUCUCCCCCCAGAAUGAGUUGUAUCUGUUCCUUCCUUGGGUCAUUAGACCAACGAGUUGUAUUAGCGGCCCCAGAACAAUAUUGUAGCAUUUCUUGUAUAUAAAUUAUAUUUAGAAUUUUAAAAUGGCCAGACAGCAAUAUAGCUUGUCCCAUACGGAUAAAUAUGGCUAUUUUGGCUCAGCAAUAAAGUAGCUGUUUUAUGA